UCUGUUAUCUCAAAGUUCCGCAGCGUCGUAUGAAAUGGUUUAAUUUGUUGAAUUCCUUUAAGUUUGAAUAUCGCGUAUCUUGAUAAAGAAUACAAACAACCGAUUUAUCUCGUAUCGGUUCAAAACGUUGGAACACUCGAUAAACCAGAGACCUGCAAUUACGGUCGUCUUGGAGAUUCCGUUAGAUUGGAAAGGAAAAUUGUUUACAAUAACAAUUGUUGAGCGUGGCUGACAGUAAGUACUACACUAGGCACCUUGAAAAUGAUGUUUUUGCGUUUAUUUUCCGCACUGCCAAGUCAACCAAAUAUUAUAUUAUAACCCGACAAACACGCAUAUACAAUACGUAAUACAUAUAUUAAUUUAUGUGUAAAGAUGGCUUCAUCAAAUUGUCUGGUUUUGAAAUAAUUUUGGGGGUUUUUACCCUCGACCUCGUCCUACCUAAAUAUGGCCUUACACUUUUUUUUCUUAUGUAUUUUUUAGGCAUAUAUUGUAACGAAUAUAAUAUAUUAUUCUCCGUUAUGAUACAAUUAAUUCUUUCGAAAAUAAUUGUACCAAAAUUUUAACGCUAAUGUAAAAAUUUUGGGGCACAACGCUGUACUAACUGUAGUAAAAUUACUGUUAUCUGUUUCCUAUACGUAAACAAAUCAAUUUAUAGGAUAUUUUAUCAGAACAAAAUCUAAGUCGUCAAUUAAUUAUUUAUUGAACAUACCUAUUUAUUUUUAAAUAAUUUUUUUUAUAUUUACAUUUUGAUAUUUAACCAUAGAUAAUAUGAGAUCUAAUGUAAUAUUUUGUAUUAUAUAUGUGUUUAACUGUAAAUAAUCAAUUAAAUAGAUUAUUAAUAUUAUUCUAUAGUGAUCACAUAUUAUGUUAUGUUAUAUUUUAUUUUAUUUAUUUUCAGGAAUUAAUUUAUCGUAAAGAUGUUGGACGCUCGUCCAAACCAUACCAUCUACAUUAAUAAUUUAAAUGAGAAGAUAAAAAAGGAUGGUAAGGUCUCUCGUGAUUCUAAAUUAUUUUAUUUUAAUUGGUUUUAUAUUUAUAGACUUAAAGAAAUCUCUUUAUGCAAUAUUUUCACAAUUUGGACAAAUUCUCGACAUUGUAGCGAUGAAAGGAAUAAAAAUGAAUGGUCAAGCUUUUGUUAUAUUUAAAGAUAUAACCAGCUCUACAAAUGCAUUACGUGCAAUGCAAGGUUUCCCAUUUUAUGAUAAGCCAAUGGUAAGAUAAAAAAUAAUAUAAUGUAUGAGUGAUCCUCGUAACCUAAUCUCGUUAUUUAGGAUUAUUCAUUAAUUUUUUUUUAAGUUUUUGAUUAAUAUGUUAUGUUAAAACAUUAAUUUUUUUUAUCUUUUAUUAAUAUUUUCAUAAUCUAUCAGUGUUAAAUUAUCAAUAUUAAUUACUAAUACACUGUUACCUUUUCAUAAUUUAAACCUUUGAUAACUUGAAGUAAAUGUUUGGUUCCUUGAACAUUUUACGAUAAUCAGAAUGAAAUCAAUACAUUUAGAUACAUUUAAUAAUUCAAAGUAAAAUUUUGCUUAAACAGCUCCCAAAGUAAAUCUCCUAUUAGUUUGUUGCGAUUGACGCUACAGAAUAAAGACAGCAUUGUCAAUGUGUGUAGAGGUGCACGCGAUUCUUACUAUCGCAGUCGUGUUCCGCACUUGGGAGAAAUUCAAUUUAUAAACAUUGGUUAAACCAGCAGUUCCCAAACUUUUAUUUCGACAGUGCUUUGUUCAAUCUAAAUUUAGCCAUGGUGACCUGUUGUGAAUACCAUGCAGAAUAUACAUACAAAAUCAACACUAAUUUCCAUUGAUAAUUAGUUUUUAUAAUUUUAAUAUCUGAUAUUAUACUGAUUAUAUUGAUAUUAUGAAUUAGAUUUUUUUCAUAUGAUGCAAUUUAAAAUUAAUACAAAUUUAAAAAUCUUUCUAUGUCUAAAUAUUAUAAAUAAUUUUUUAAGAGUCACGGUGCCUCCAAAAGUGCUCGCAGUGCACAGUUAGAGAGUCGCGGGUUAAAUAAAUGUGAAAACUAGCCUUUUACAAGUUUUGUUGAGUCUUACUAGGGCAGAACUUAUGGCAUGCUAUUCAAAUAUUUAUUUUUUAAAAACAAUUUUGUACAUGUAAUAAUAAAAUAAAUCCUUUAUAAAUUCAUAGAUAAUCUUUUUCACGAUUUUGAUAAUAAGGAUACAAUAUUAUUGAACGUAUUAAGUUAAUUGUCAAUAAGUAAAAAUACUAUUAAUAAGAAAAUACUAUGUAUGAACUCUGAUAUGCUUAAGUGGGUGAAUGGAGUGACUAGAGAAAAUGGGAUAAGGGAUGAGUACAUAAGAGGUAGAAUAGGUGUAGCUUAGAUAGUAGACAAAAUGAGAGAAAAUAGACCAAAAUAAUUUGGGAAUAGAGGAAUUUGAAGCAGUAUUCCACAGAGUCUUUAAGUAACUGAGUACUUUUGAAUGACUAACAAUUUUGCAAAUAUAUAUAUAUUUUUUUUUUUUAACACUUAGGCUUAACUUAACUUUAGGCUAUGAAAAUAAAUGUAGGAGGAAAGAGAGGAACAGGACAACGGGAAAAGUUAAAGUGAUUGUAUGUGAUUGAGAAUGAUAUGAAAACAGUUGUGUAUGAAAGGUGGGAUAUUGGGUCAAAUGGAUGUUUAGAAAGAGGGUUGCUGACCAAAAAUAAAUAGCAUGAAGGAAAAGAAGAUUUUCUUAUUGUAUUCUGAAUUAUCAUAAGCCAAUUGUAAAUUUUAUUUUUGUUUUGUUUUGAUGUAGUACAAUUUAUAUUUUUCAUAACUUUCAGUUAUUCAAAUUAAUUUUUGCUCUCUUAAUAAUACUAAACCAUUUAACAUUUUAAACAUUCAGUAAUUCAAAGUUUUUUAUAGGACCCUUCAACUUCAAAUUAUUGCAAGUUGACUGUAUUGUUUUUUAAUUCAAACAAAAAUUAUAUCUUCUAUCAAACAAUAGGUUUCAUACUUUUUAGACCUGUAUGAGUAAAGUAAUAUGGUAAAAAGUGUAACUCUGUUGAAGAUAAUAUUAUAUUUACUCCUUUGUAUUUCUUCUUUAAAAACUUAAAAAGAUAUUUACUAUCCAAGUUAUUAUCUGAUAUAUUUCUCGGUAAACUUAUAUCUACUCGUUUACUCGUAUCAUAGUUUUCAAAAAAAAAAUGGUCUGUAUGUAUACAAAUUUAUAAUGUGAACAUUGAUUUUAAUGAUUUCUAUAAUAAAAGUAGAGAUACCUUUUUCAAUGUAAUGAGAAAAACUUCUAAAUUUGAGUAUACUCUAAUCUAAAACUUUCAAAAAGAAAUUACUUGUUAAACCACAUUUUAAAACGACUAAUAAAUCCCAUUUAAAGUUGAUGUUCUUAAAAAUUGUAGAUGAUAUUUUUAUAUUAUUUCCAAGAAUAUAAAUGAAGAAAGAAGUUAAUGUAUAAUUAUUUGUAAUUUAAUUAUAGCGUAUACAGUUUGCUAAAUCAGAAUCGGAUUUGAUUGCAAAAAUGAAGGGUACUUUUGUGGAACGCCAAAAGAAACCUAAAAAGCCAAGGGACGAUGAAGAAGCGAAAAAGAGACGUAAAGCUGCUAAAGAACAAGCUCGUGCUUUGGCACAACAAAACAACCCUGGAGGCGCGGUUGGUGGUAGUAAGUACCAAUUAUAAUAUCUUUUAUUGAUUAGGGUAAAUGGUAUUAAUAUAUAUUUUGUUAUCCAACAGAUGUACCUGAACAACCGCCUAACCAGAUUCUUUUCUUGACCAACCUUCCUGAUGAAACAACUGAAAUGAUGUUAUCUAUGCUUUUUAACCAGUAAGUUUUGUUGUAUUUUAUACCACCAUUGUCCAUGGUUUUCAAUAAAAAUGUUUUAGGUUCCCUGGAUUCAAAGAAGUGAGACUUGUACCAAAUAGACAUGACAUUGCUUUUGUGGAAUUUGAAAAUGAACACCAGUCAAACACUGCCAAACUGUCAUUGAAUGGUUUCAAGAUUACACCAACUCAUGCGAUGAAAAUUACAUUUGCCAAAAAGUAAAAGUAUUCCUAGAGAGAAAUAAAAAUGUCAAUAUGUUGUAAAUUAAAAAAACAUAACACAUAACUUAUAAUAUUAAUUUUACAUAAGUUUUACUAAUAUUUAGGAUUACAAUAAAAAAAACAAAUAAAUAAUAUUACAACUAAUUUUUAGUUUGAGACUUUAAAGUUUUAGCAGAAACCGGGGGUGUUAUUAAAUAAGGUGUGGGCUUAUUUAUGCUUGCCCAAAAUAAUAUUGUAUCACUGAGACGAUGAUGUAUGAAAAACAAAAAUGGCUUGUUUACGUUGAACGUGGGGUUACCUCCUCUGGUUAUGGUGACAACGGUGGCCGCUGAUGCAACAGUGCCUAUUUCAUCAAUGACAAUUUCUACUUUGUGUAGUAUAUCACUGACGUAAAAAUCGGAACCCAAACCCAUUUUGGACAGGUUGGCUUUUGAUGAAUCGAAAACACUGUCGAUUUCCAUUUUCUGCAGAAAAAGAAAUUAACUGAUAAACACUGACCAAUAGCCACAUAAUAAAGAUAACUGUGUGAUGUUUACUACAGCAUGUAGCUUAUAUUAACAUAUUAAACUUUUGUUUUUGUUGUGAAACUUACUUUGAGUAAUAAUUGUAUAUAAUUUAUUUAUUUCAUAAUAUAAUAUUUUAAUGGUCUAAAAAAAAAUGAUUUUCCUAUUUUAGAUACAGUUUGAGAAAUUCUUCACAAGUUAUACAUCUAUUAAAUUUUGGUUGUCAUUGACUGAUUGUUUAGUUAAUAUUUUUACUACUCAUUUCAUAAUAUUGAAAAUAUUAAUAAUAUUGAAACAAAUUCUAAAAAUAUCUGUUCAUAUUCUAAUAUAAAUCACAAUUUUAAUAUGAGCACACAACUGAUCUUUAGGAAAAUAUAACAACAAUAGACAAGUUCUAUAUAGUGUGAUCUUUUACCAAAAUUAAAUAAUAUUGUCUACCUGCAACACCGGUUUGAGAUUGGUAAAUGAUUUCAAUGUCAUUUUUGGCACCAAAUAUGUAAUAUCUGUGAGCGUCGUUGAUUCUGUUAUGGUUUUUAGCGUUCUCUCGUUUAUGGUGGACAUAAGACCCCUUAGACUGAUGUUCCCGUUAGGGAGUACAAAGUAUGCAGUAUAUUCGUUUCCCUUGUAUGGCAAACCAAUUGCUUUGAACUUUAACUCGUCAUUUUUGUAGUAAAACACUUCGCUGUUGCCAAUCAUCAUGUUAACGUAUAUUGGAUUCUUAUUUGUACUCGUAUUGCUGUUUGAUUCGUAGUAAAACGGUUUUCUAUAAUACGUGAAAAUUGCUAUAUUUUAUGAUUAUUAUUGUUAUUGUUAUUAAUUAGUAGUGCUUGAACUACCAAAAAUAUAUGUAUUUAUGCAUGCAUCAUGACGUGCUAAACAAAUAAAAAAUAUACAUUUGUCUUUUUAUAUUGUUGACAUUUAUUCUGCAUACUUUAAUAGAGAUAUCUUGGUACCUUAGCAAUGAAUGUAAUAAAUAAUAUAAAACAUGUAAAUGCAAUAAAGUUCAAGCCCUAUUAAUUAGUAAAUGUGGUUAUUGUGACUCACGGUUUAGUGUAGUUUGCGAAAAAUGGGGUUUCCCAUUCGCCAGUGAAAUACAAUGCGCUCACGACCACCGCUUUGGUGUCUGGUGGCGGAGUGUUUUGCAUGAUGUCGUUGAUUUUCCCGCGCGUAUGAACAGACACCCAACUGUUCUAAAAACAACCAACAUUGUAAAAAUAUUUUUUAUGAUACAUUAAAAUCUAAAUGCGAAGGACCAUUAUUUCUUAUUUAACAAUUUCUUGUUUUUCUCCGAUGGCUUAUUCCCAUAAAAUCUAUGAAGUUCUUAAAGUGAAUGUCAGACGCGAUGGCGCAUACUGGAUGUCAACUGACCCCUCAGAAAAUUGGUGGGUGCCUGGUGCUGGGUGAGUUUAAAUAUUAUUUUUAUGUAUAUUUAUUUGAUAUUAAUAAUAUUAAUUUGUAAUUGUGUUUUAUUUGAGAUUAAAUAUCACAAA